AGACGUUCCUCUGGUCACGUGGGUCUGCUUCCUGUCACAACAGUUAGCUUCCCCGGGGCUAGCAUCCCCGAAUUAAAGCCGUUUUCUGUCAAAAUGGAUGUAAGUCAGGCCAAACAGGAACAUCUGCUUGCAUUAAAAGUAAUGCGGCUGACAAAACCAACUCUGUUUACCAACCUGCCAGUGACAUGUGAAGAGCGAGACCUCCCAGGCGACCUCUUUGGGCGCCUCAUGCGAGAUGAUCCGUCCACUAUCAAGGGCGCAGAGACGCUAAUGCUGGGCGAGAUGCUAACAUUGCCGCAGAACUUCGGUAACAUCUUCUUGGGCGAGACCUUCUCUAGCUACAUCAGCGUGCACAAUGACAGCAGUCAGGUGGUCAAAGACAUUCUGGUUAAGGCUGACUUGCAGACCAGCUCUCAGAGACUUAACCUGUCGGCGUCCAACUCGGCCGUAGCCGAACUCAAACCCGAGUGCUGCAUUGAUGAUGUCAUCCAUCAUGAAGUCAAAGAGAUUGGAACACAUAUCCUGGUGUGCGCCGUGAGCUACACUACACAGCACGGAGAGAAGCUCUACUUCCGCAAGUUCUUCAAAUUCCAGGUCCUCAAGCCCUUGGAUGUCAAGACCAAGUUCUACAAUGCCGAGAGUGACCUCAGUUCUGUGACGGACGAAGUGUUCCUGGAGGCCCAGAUCCAGAACAUCACCACGUCGCCCAUGUUCAUGGAGAAGGUGUCGCUGGAGCCGUCCAUGAUGUACAACGUGACCGAACUCAACACCGUCACCCACCAAGACCACGGGGUUUCGACGUUCGGCAAAAUGUCAUACUUGCAGCCCAUGGACACGCGUCAGUACCUCUACUGCCUGACCCCCAAACCGGAGUACGCCGAGAAGGCCGGUGUCAUCAAGGGCGUCACUGUUAUCGGGAAGUUGGACAUCGUGUGGAAGACCAACUUGGGGGAGAGGGGACGCCUGCAGACCAGCCAACUCCAGAGGAUGGCUCCAGGCUACGGAGACAUCCGCCUGUCCAUGGAGGUCAUUCCCGACACGGUCAACCUGGAAGAACCGUUUGACAUCAGAUGUAAAAUCACCAACUGCAGCGAAAGGACCAUGGACCUUCUUGUGGACAUGAUCAACACGUCGUCCAUCCACUGGUGCGGCGUGUCCGGCCGAGCUCUGGGCAAGCUAAGCCCUGGGGCGUCGCUUUCGCUGGACCUCACGCUGCUGGCGUCCGUCCAGGGUCUCCAGAGUAUUUCCGGUCUGAGGCUUACAGACUCGUUCCUGAAACGUACGUACGAGUACGACGACGUGGCUCAAGUAUGCGUGGUUUGUCCGUCCUAGCAUUUGACUUUUUAGUUCUUGUUGGUUUUUUGUUUUUUUUAAAUGGGCUUUACAACAGACCAAGGCAUCACACUGUUUUAAUGCUCAUGCAAAUGGUUGUGAAUCAUGAAAGCCUUUGAAAAUAAUGUGAAUAUGUGAAUAAACACGCUAAUAUUU